AUGUGUCUAGUAAAUUCAUGCUAUAAAAUAAAUGUUAUUUGUUACAGAUUGACUGAUGGUUCACCGAAUGCCAGAACGUGUCUUUUACAUCAGAAAUUGCAGCUGUUAAAUUGUUGUAUUAAACGAGCGCUUGAAAAUUCCAAUACUGGUUUGGGGAAUUCCUCUGAAGAGGAAUUUUUUGAUUGUACAGACGACGAAGAUAAUGAUGAACAAGUAAAUGAACCCUGGAAUAAACCUGCGGGGAGGUUAAGUCGUCUUGAAGAUGCGACGUUGAAAAAUGGAGAGCCUCUAUAUGUUCCGCGUACGCAGGAUCCUGCCCCAAAAACCGAAGACCAGUUAGAAGAGGACGCGGAACUAAUGGUGCGAUUGGGUGAUGACGCAAAAGCUUCAGAACUACGAGCGAGAAUGAUGAGUGCGUCGCUAUUAUCCGAUAUGGAAGCUUUUAAAGCAGCUAAUCCGGGUUCAGAACUCUGUGAUUUCGUCCGAUGGUACUCUCCAAGGGACUGGAAGCCAGACGACGGGGGAAGUUUGGGCGAUCGUAUGUUAUUACCUGGAAAUCCAUGGCUAGAAGCAUGGAGCGUUGCACGGCCAGUAUCUGCGGCGAGACAACGAAGAUUAUUUGACGAAAAUCGGGAAGCUGAACAAGUUUUACAUUACCUUCGUUCAAGGACUGUAGAAGCGGUAGUAGAAUUGUUGCUACCGGGUAUUCUAAGAGCGGGUGCAGCUAAGGCCCAAGCCGAAGGUGCUGUAAGGACGAACUCCAGCGUGGGCGGACUGGAUACGCGUAGGACAUGCGAAAUGGCCGCUCGAGAUCUCUUUGAGGCCGAGUUAGAAGUGUGUAAAUCGAAGUGUGUGCGUAAAGUGUUGGGGAAUAGUGCCGAAGGGGAACCACUAGAUGUCGCGGGUAGAACGAGAAUUUUAAAUGCGAUGGGAGGUUUGCUUCCAGCUCCCUCAAGGAAGGAGUUCACGUUGCGUGUUAAAGAUUCUGUGGGGCCACAGGUUAUGCGAGCCGCUCUCUCUAAUGAGAUGACAAUUAUCGGGGCGUUUACUGAGCGAAUUGUUUGUCUAUAA